GGCGUGUCAUGAAACGUCAAAUGGUAAACAUCAACAACGCAUCCGCGGAAUAGCGUGUGGUGGUUUUGCUACGAUUAUUAAUCGAAAUUCGCACGCUUUUUCAUCAUGGAUGAUGGUGAAUAUGACCACGAUGAUGUCGGUGGGGAUGAUUUCGACGAUGUCGAGGAGGACGACAACAUUGACGAGCUGAACCAGGAGGAGGACGGAGACAACAUCGAGAUCAUCAAUCCGGGCCAGGCCGGUGGUGGCGUACCGAAGAACAAGCGCAUCACGACAAAAUACAUGACCAAGUACGAACGGGCGCGAGUGCUCGGUACACGUGCGCUUCAGAUUGCCAUGUGCGCUCCCAUCAUGGUGGAGCUGGAAGGCGAAACAGAUCCGCUGCAAAUAGCAAUGAAAGAGUUGAAGCAGCGCAAAAUUCCCAUCAUCAUACGGCGCUACCUACCUGACUCAUCGUACGAAGAUUGGAGCAUCGAUGAGUUAAUCAUAAUCGACCAUUAAGGAUAAGUUCGAAAAGAUAUUGUGGUAAAGUGAAAAUACAGUCUUUUUUUAUACACGGCUGAAAUGUGACCAG